UCCUUCCUCCGCCAGACCCUGCCGCCCACCACGCUGACCAACAUGGCCAACUUCACGCCAGUCAACGGCAGCUCAGGCAACCAGUCCGUGCGCCUGGUCACGUCAAGCCACAACCGCUACGAGACAGUGGAGAUGGUAUUCAUCGCCACCGUGACAGGCUCGCUGAGCCUGGUAACUGUGGUCGGCAACAUCCUGGUGAUGCUGUCCAUCAAGGUCAACAGGCAGCUGCAGACAGUCAACAACUACUUCCUGUUCAGCCUGGCCUGCGCCGAUCUCAUCAUUGGCGCUUUCUCUAUGAACCUCUACACCGUGUACAUCAUCAAGGGCUACUGGCCCCUGGGCGCCGUGGUCUGUGACCUGUGGCUAGCCCUGGACUACGUGGUGAGCAAUGCCUCAGUCAUGAACCUUCUCAUUAUCAGCUUUGACCGCUACUUCUGCGUCACCAAGCCCCUCACCUACCCCGCCCGGCGCACCACCAAGAUGGCAGGCCUCAUGAUUGCCGCUGCCUGGGUCCUGUCCUUCGUGCUCUGGGCGCCUGCCAUCUUGUUCUGGCAGUUUGUGGUGGGCAAGCGGACAGUGCCUGACAACCAGUGCUUCAUCCAGUUCCUGUCCAACCCGGCCGUGACCUUCGGCACAGCCAUUGCUGCCUUCUACCUGCCCGUGGUCAUCAUGACGGUGCUCUACAUCCACAUCUCCCUGGCCAGCCGCAGCCGGGUCCACAAGCACCGGCCCGAAGGCCCAAAGGAGAAGAAGGCCAAGACCCUGGCCUUUCUCAAGAGCCCCCUGAUGAAGCAGAGUGUCAAGAAACCCCCGCCAGGAGAAGCCGCCCGGGAAGAGCUGCGCAAUGGGAAGCUCGAAGAGGCCCCUCCGCCGGCCCUGCCCCCGCCACCACGCCCAGUGGCGGAUAAGGACACUUCCAAUGAGUCCAGCUCAGGCAGUGCCACACAGAACACCAAGGAGCGACCACCCACAGAGCUGUCAACCACAGAGGCCACCACACCUGCCAUGCCUGCCCCUCCCCUGCAGCCACGGGCCCUCAACCCAGCCUCAAAAUGGUCCAAGAUCCAGAUUGUGACGAAGCAGACGGGCAAUGAGUGCGUGACAGCCAUCGAGAUUGUGCCUGCCACGCCAGCUGGCAUGCGUCCUGCGGCCAACGUGGCCCGCAAGUUUGCCAGCAUUGCUCGCAACCAGGUGCGAAAGAAGCGGCAGAUGGCGGCCCGGGAGCGCAAGGUGACCCGGACCAUCUUUGCCAUUCUGCUAGCCUUCAUCCUCACCUGGACGCCCUACAAUGUCAUGGUCCUGGUGAACACCUUCUGCCAGAGCUGCAUCCCUGACACGGUGUGGUCCAUCGGCUACUGGCUCUGCUACGUGAACAGCACCAUCAACCCCGCCUGCUACGCUCUCUGCAACGCCACCUUUAAAAAGACCUUCCGGCACCUGCUGCUAUGCCAGUAUCGUAACAUUGGCACUGCCAGGUAGGCAGCAGGGGUGCCCUAGGAGGUGCUGGUGUCGCGUGUGUGCGCUGGGGGACCACAUGGCUCACAGGCUGUGGGGGAAGAGUUGGUGGCACCACUCUGUGUUCACGUUUGCUGAAGAGGAGAACCAAGGUCUCCAAGGCCCCAUGGGGCUCAAGAGGCUCUGGCUGGAUUCAGAGACCAGAUCCGUGCUCAGGCUGAGGCAGCUCUGAACUGGGACUGCCUGUCCCAUCUCUGUCACCCUGCUUCACGGGGCUGGGGGCACUGGCCUGGCUGGGCAUCUGCCCCACUGUGACCAACCAUCAGCAUGGCUGAAAGAGCGGACAUCU